AUGGCUUCUUCGGUGAACAACAUCGCAGCCACAUUCGCAACGGUCCCAAUAACAUCGUCUUCAUCAUCACCUUCAUCAACCAAUUAUUCAUCGAAUCAGACGGCCUUCGCUCAUCCAAUCUCACCCAAACCCAUCUCCAUUUCAUGGAACCCCCACUCCUCCCUUCCUUCCUCCCACAAAUCCUCCCUCCUUCACCUCUACGGGCCCCCCGGCCCCCCUCCACCACUCUCCGCAGCCCAUCGCCGCCGCCGCAAAAUCAACCAUCACCACCUCCCUCCUCCCACUUCUCUCCUCCCAAAUCUAACCUUCUCUUUCUUGGAUCGAAACCACAAGCUUCAAACCACGAAUCUCUCCAUCCUUUCCAAAUCGAAGAGGCUCCUUCUCGUCGGAGUCUCGGCCGCGUUCUCGCCGAUCUGCGCGCGGUUCGUCAAAAGCGUAGUCGACUCGGCAAAGUCGAAGCUGGCGGAUUUGAUCGCGUGCGUCGCGGUCAACAACGUGUUCGUCAUGAAAGCCUGGGGUGAAGAUCUGGCCGUUGGUGAGAACGUGAUGAUGUUGUCUGAUGGGGCCGGGGAUUUAGCAAGGGCCCUUCGAGUGCCGUUGGAUUCGAGUGGUGGGGACUGUUUGGGGUUAGGUGUACGGUCAAGGAGGUUUUGGUUGUCUGCUUUGAACGGCGUGGUUACUAGCCUGAGCGUAGACUUUAGUGAUGGUGAUGACGUCAUAUCUCCUGAAAUGAACGGUGAUGUGAGAAUUUUAUGUUGA